GCCGCGGGCAGCCCCGUGGGGGCCUUUUCUGCCGCAGGACGCCGAGGUCCUUUCUCGGGUCUCGCUCUGUGCGCGGGAACAUGGCGGCGACCACGGUCAGGGCUCCAGGCAGAGCUCUUCUGCGGGUGGGCGCUGAGCUGCUGCGGCGAGGAGGAAUCCGGGAGUUCCUCCGGUCGCGACUUGAAGUGGGCACCCUCGGCCCGCAGCGCGACUUCAGCCUCUCUCACAACUGCGGCACGGUCAUCGUGGAGCGCUGGUGGAAGGUGCCGCUGGCUGGGGAGGGCCGAAAGCCGCGCUUGCACCGGCGACACCGGGUCUAUAAGCUAGUGGAGGACACUAAACAUCGGCCCAAAGAAAACCUGGAGCUCAUCCUUACGCAGUCUGUAGAGGAACUUGGAGUCCGGGGUGACCUGGUCUCAGUGAAGAAAUCUGUGGGUCGUAAUCGACUCCUUCCUCAAGGACUCGCUGUAUAUGCAUCCCCCGAAAACAAGAAGCUGUUUGAAGAGGAAAAAUUGCUGAGACAAGAAGGAAAAUUAGAAAAAAUCCAGACCAAGGCAGGUGAGGCGACGGUGAAAUUUCUAAGAAGUUGUCACCUCGAGGUGGGAAUGAAAAACAAUGUCAAAUGGGAGCUGAACCCAGAAAUAGUUGCCCGCCACUUUUUCAAGAAUCUUGGUGUUGUGGUCGCCCCACAUACAUUAAAGUUACCAGAAGAGCCUAUCACACAGCGGGGCGAAUACUGGUGUGAGGUGACUGUAAAUGGGCUUGACACUGUGAGAGUACCUAUGUCUGUUGUGAACUUUGAGAAGCCCAAGACCAAAAGAUACAAGUACUGGUUGGCUCAGCAAGCUGCCAAGGGCAUGGCACCCACCACCUCCCAGACAGGCUAAACCUAUUGUCCCUCCAAGGCAACAGUGCAGAAUCCGAGGAACAGUGGAAGAAAAAUGGGCCUUGGUCUCGGUCCUGGCUGUCACCAAAUAUGGAAUUUUAGAGAACAUGUAAAGACAUCAGACUGAACUGCAUGAACAUAUUGAAUUCUCCCUAUUUGCCAUCUUUAUCUUUAACUUUCACCACAUCCAGCCUUUUUGAAGUGGUCCUGCUCAAGAAGUACCAGGCUGUAGAUCUGAUAAGCUGGCUGUCACUGAACUGAAAGAGCCUCUUCUUUCAUGGGAGUUCACUGGAAUAAACAGAAAAGAUGCCCAUUG